CUCGCUUAGAAUCGUCGAAAGCUCGGACGAGUUUCCGACAUGAAUCUACGAGCAAGUGUAUUAACGACCGUGUUAGUCGUAAUUGCUACUGCUGCCGUCCGUGCAUCACCUGUAGGGGACUGUCCGCCAGUAGAUCCAGUGGACCACACAGACCAUCUACCAGACAGCAAAAACUGUUCACUUUUCUACAAAUGUGAUCACGCAGCUCCUGUACUGUUUGAAUGUCCUGAUGGGUUGCACUUCAACCCUACACUGGAAGUCUGUGACUGGCCAGAUAAUGCAGGUUGCACAGGUGGAUCAGCAUCAACCAUAGCUCCCAGCUCAACAGCUAAGCCUCCUCCAUCAGGAGACUGUCCAGCUGUCGGCACAUGCCCUCAAAAUGAAGAUGAGAAUUCUAUUGCUAAGCACCUUCCACACGCAUCAAACUGCAGUCAGUUCUGCAAAUGUGACCAUGGGAAUCCCGUGACGUUCGACUGCCCUGCUGGACUCCACUUCAACCCUACUCUGGAGGUAUGUGACUGGCCAGAAAAUGCAGGUUGCACAGGUGGAUCAUCAUCAACUCCAGCAUCAAGCUCAACAGCUAACCCUCCUCCACCAGGAGACUGUCCAGCUGUCGGCACAUGCCCACAAAAUGAAGAUGAGAAUUCUAUUGCUAAGCACCUUCCACAUGCCUCUAACUGCAGUCAGUUCUGCAAAUGUGACCAUGGGAAACCCGUGACGUUCGACUGCCCUGCUGGACUCCACUUCAACCCUACUCUGGAGGUAUGUGACUGGCCAGAAAAUGCAGGUUGCACAGGUGGAUCAUCAUCAACUCCAGCAUCAAGCUCAACAGCUAACCCUCCUCCACCAGGAGACUGUCCAGCUGUCGGCACAUGCCCACAAAAUGAAGAUGAGAAUUCUAUUGCUAAGCACCUUCCACAUGCCUCAAACUGCAGUCAGUUCUGCAAAUGUGACCAUGGGAAACCCGUGACGUUCGACUGCCCUGCUGGACUCCACUUCAACCCUACUCUGGAGGUAUGUGACUGGCCAGAAAAUGCAGGUUGCACAGGUGGAUCAUCAUCAACUCCAGCAUCAAGCUCAACAGCUAACCCUCCUCCACCAGGAGACUGUCCAGCUGUCGGCACAUGCCCACAAAAUGAAGAUGAGAAUUCUAUCGCUAAGCACCUUCCACAUGCCUCUAACUGCAGUCAGUUCUGCAAAUGUGACCAUGGGAAACCCGUGACGUUCGACUGCCCUGCUGGACUCCACUUCAACCCUACUCUGGAGGUAUGUGACUGGCCAGAAAAUGCAGGUUGCACAGGUGGAUCAGCAUCAACUCCAGAAUCAAGCUCAACAGCUAAGCCUCCUCCAUCAGGAGACUGUCCAGCUGUCGGCACAUGCCCACAAAAUGAAGAUGAGAAUUCUAUUGCUAAGCACCUUCCACAUGCAUCAAACUGCAGUCAGUUCUGCAAAUGUGACCAUGGGAAUCCCGUGACGUUCGACUGCCCUGCUGGACUCCACUUCAACCCUACUCUGGAGGUAUGUGACUGGCCAGAAAAUGCAGGUUGCACAGGUGGAUCAGCAUCAACUCCAGAAUCAAGCUCAACAGCUAAGCCUCCUCCAUCAGGAGACUGUCCAGCUGUCGGCACAUGCCCACAAAAUGAAGAUGAGAAUUCUAUUGCUAAGCACCUUCCACAUGCCUCUAACUGCAGUCAGUUCUGCAAAUGUGACCAUGGGAAUCCCGUGACGUUCGACUGCCCUGCUGGACUCCACUUCAACCCUACUCUGGAGGUAUGUGACUGGCCAGAAAAUGCAGGUUGCACAGGUGGAUCAGCAUCAACUCCAGAAUCAAGCUCAACAGCUAAGCCUCCUCCAUCAGGAGACUGUCCAGCUGUCGGCACAUGCCCACAAAAUGAAGAUGAGAAUUCUAUUGCUAAGCACCUUCCACAUGCCUCAAACUGCAGUCAGUUCUGCAAAUGUGACCAUGGGAAACCCGUGACGUUCGACUGCCCUGCUGGUCUCCACUUCAACCCUACUCUGGAAGUAUAUGGUCCAACAUCAGCUACACCAACUACUGCAGAACCAAAGAGCUCCAUAGGGUCAGGUGAUCAAGACCCUUUCAAGUCAAUGGGAUCAUGUCGUGCUUAUGAUCUAGUCCUUAUUGCCCAGUAUCUUGCAUAUAAAACCAACAGUACUGUAUAUUGUAGACGAUGUAGCAAUAAUCUGGAUAUGUCUGGAACACAUAAUAAAGUCACACGUUUAAUGCUAAUAAACUUCCUCUUCAUUGGCAUGGACGCAACACGUCAGAUAUAUACAAAUAUGUCUGUAGAUCAAAUGAAAUGUGCUAUAAAUUUUGGCUUUUAUACCAAUAUCAUAAUCAGCAUUCAUAACCGAAAGUAUCCACUAAAUUGGCAUCCAUCUCUAUAG